UCAUGGCGUCCGCUGUCAAGUGCGUCUGCAGAAAUGUCAAACUUUUGGCAAAUAAACACUGCGGGCUUUGCAUUUUGAUAUGCAAUCGUCAUCUUUCUUCUGUAACGUACGAUAGGUCGUAUUGGCAAAAGGUUUAUGAGGAAAGAAAACGAAAAAUUAAAGAUAUUCCUAUCAAUGCAAGCGAGGCGAACCGCAAAUACAACAUAUUCGUCAACAACGAAAUUAGUCUGGCUGAUAUUAAGGUGUAUGGCUUUGACUACGACUACACUCUGGCCCAGUACAGAGAUGACCUUCACUAUGUAUUGUAUGACCUUGGCAAGGAAUCUCUCAUUACAAAGCUCAAGUAUCCUGAAGGUAUCAGGGAACAGACAUUUAACCCACAGUUCAUACACAGGGGUCUGCAUUAUGACAUCAGAAAAGGAUUGCUUAUGAAGAUAGACUCAUAUCACCAUAUACAGCUUGGAACAGUAUAUAGGGGAACGACUCAACUGUCAGACAACGAGACUAUAGAGCUGUAUAAUGGUACCCAUGUUCCAAUAGAGGACAUGAACACAUUCUAUGGAUCAGGCCCUAUGCAUCAGCUGGUAGACAUGUUUGCACCUCCAGAGAUGAAUCUCAUCACGAAUGUCACCGAUUAUUUCAUUGCCAACAACAUUGCCUAUGACCCAGAGAAUGUGUUUUAUGAUAUAAAGAAUGCAGUGCAGGGGAUCCAUGUAUCAGGAUUGCUUCACAACACUAUCGUCAGUGAUCUAGAGCGUUAUCUGGAGAAGGAAGGGGAGACCAAGACUCUACUGGAGAAGCUGGUCAAUACUGGCAAUAAACUGUUCAUCAUCUCCAACAGUGGCUUUCCUUUCAUUGAUGCUGGUAUGAAGUACAUGGUGGGGCCAGGCUGGCAGGACCUCUUUGAUGUUGUUGUUGUAGAUGCCAGAAAGCCAAAGUUCUUCAAUGAGGCUUCUGGGCGUCCGUUCCGUCUGUAUGACCCACUGGAGUUGAGGACAUUUGAGCGGGUGAAAAUUCUGGAGAAAGGGAAAGUUUACCAACAGGGCAAUUUCAAGGACUUCCGCCACAUGACUGGUUACUAUGGCCCCAAGGUCUUGUAUUUUGGUGACCAUGUGUACUCAGACCUUGCAGAUCCCUCUCUCAAGCACAGCUGGCGUACUGGAGCCAUCAUUCCAGAACUGGAGACUGAGGUAGAGGUGAUAUCGACCCCUGAGUACAAGGCCACUGUACGCUGGCUGCUGGUGCUCCAGAGACUCCUGGAGGAGAUGCAGGGUGCACAGAACAGCUGUCAGGAGGCGGCAACAGAGGGAAGUUUGGACAUGAUACCUAGCCUGCUGGAAGAACGGGACGCCAUAAGGACCAAGCUUAAGGGCCUGUGCAACGAGAGGUUUGGCAGCAUGUUCCGUACACACCACAAUCCGACGUACUUCACGCGUCGCAUGGCCCGGUUUGCAGACAUCUACACGUCCAAGCUGACCAACUUGCUCCAGUAUUCAGACAAGCACACGUUCUACCCGCGUCGUACUCUGCUGCCACAUGAGCCCUUCCCCUUCCAUGACCCCACAAACCUUGUACAGGAGGUCGCUCAGAAUAGGAAGGGAUAGGCUGGGAUUCUUUGAUAGACUGGGAUAGUGGGAUUGUCUGUGAUCGGUUUAGCUGGAAUUGUGCGAUGGACUGGGAUCAGAUAGGCUGGGACAUAUUGAUAUGGUAAAUGUCAAGGCAAGAAAAUUAUUUAAAAAAAAUGAAGUUGUUGUAAUUUUUGUUGUGUGGUAACCUAUUGUUCUUUAAAUAAUUAUGAAAACUUCUAAGUUUUGUAUUGUUACGAUCACACAGACUUAAAGUUGUUCAAAACGAAGCAAUUAUUUUGACAUGUAUGAAAUGUUUGGUAAUGAAGUAUUGGUACCCUGUCUAAGAAGACAGUGGUGGCCUACAGGAGAUGAAAUGCAUUGUCGUACUACUUAUAUCCACAUCCAACUGAUUGGGGAAUGGUGGUAAAUGCUAUUUUUGUCCCCUACCGGUGAAAACGGAGGGACUUGUGGUUUGUGCUCUGUCUGUCUGUCUGUCACACUUUUCUGGAUCCUGCGAUAACUUUAAAAGUUCUUCAUAUUUUUUCAUGAAACUUGAAACAUGGAAAGAUGGCAAUAUGGAGAUUAUGCAUGUAAUUUCAUUUUUUUCCUUAUUAUGUCAAGAAUUCUGGUUGCCUAUUGCAACAAAAAACUAGAAAUAUUAACGGAAGACUAAAAAUAUUGCUGAAAAUAGUGGAUGCUGCAAUAACUUUAACAGUUCUUCAUAUUUUUAAUGAAACUUGAAACAUGGAAAGAUGGCAAUAUGGAAAUUAUGCAUGUAAUUUCAUUUUUUUUCCUUAGUAUGUCAAGAAUUCUGGUUGCUAUUGCAACAAAUACACUAGUAGAAAUAUUAACAAAUAGACUAAAAAUAUUGCUGAAAAUAGUGGAUGCUGCAAUAACUUUAACAGUUCUUCAUAUUUUUUCAUGAAACUAGAAACAUGGAUAGAUGGCAAAAUGGAGAUUACAUGUAUGCACAUCAUUUCAUUUUGUUCCUACAUCAAAAAUUCUGGUUACAAUGGCAACAUAUAGACUAGAAAUAUUUCUGACAAUGGUUGAGUUUAACCAUUAGGUGACUUAUAUUUCUUGGCAAUAGUCUUGUUAUUUUAAAAUUUGUUUUUAUUUUUCUUUUAAGCGAGUUCUUUCCAGUUAAUAUCAAACAUGUACAAAUAUUGAAUUAGACAUUGAACUUUUAUUCAACAUUUUAUGUCAGUUAUAAAAGUUUAACACUAUUUGGUGGAGUUUUACACACAUUUUAUACUAAAAUCGAUGCUAAUUCAACUGUCAUUUUAAGCUCAUCUAUUUUUUGAAAAAAAAUUAUGAGCUAUUGUUAUCACGUCGGCGUUGGCGUCGGCGUCCGGUUAAGUUUUGCGUUUAGGUCCACUUUUCUCAGAAAGUAUCAAUGCUAUUGCAUUCAAACUUGGUACACUUACUUACUAUCAUGAGGGGACUGGGCAGGCAAAGUUAGAUAACUCUGGCGUGCAUUUUGACAGAAUUAUGUGCCCUUUUUAUACUUAGAAAAUUGAAAAUUUUGGUUAAGUUUUGUGUUUAGGUCCAUUUUAUUCCUUAAGUAUCAAAGCUAUUGCUUUCAUACUUGCAACACUUACUAACUAUCAUAAGGGGACUGUGCAGGCAAAUUUAUGUAACUCUGACUGGCAUUUUGACAGAAUUAUGUGUCCUUUUUAUACUUAGAAAAUUGAAAAUUUGGUUAAGUUUUGUGUUUAGGUCCAUUUUAUUCCUACAGUAUCAAAGCUAUUGCUUUCAUACUUGCAACACUUAUUAACUAUCAUAAGGGGACUGUGCAGGCAAAGUUAUGUAACUUUGACUGGCAUUUGGACGGAAUUAUGGGCCCUUUAUACUUAGAAAAUUGAAAAUUUGGUUAAGUUUUGUGUUUUGGUCCACUUUACCCCUAAAGUAUCAUAGAUAUUGCUUUCAUACUUGGAACACUCGCAAACUAUCAUAAGGGUACAGUAAAAGGACACAGAGGCGUAUUUAGGUGGGGGGCUAGGGGGCUAAAGCCCCCCCAGCUGGCUGGCUAGACACGAUUUUAAAUAAAAAUGAGCCCCUUAGAGUUUCAAUCCACUUGUGUAUUUCCUGUCAUAUGUUCCUAAUUAAGCCAUAAACAGCUGUCGAUUUGUGUGAUUAGCCCCCAGGCAUGUGUACAGACGAUCUAACCUUUGUCAGCUAAAGUGCACGGUUCAUUGACUGUAAGUAAUAAACUGCGCUAUUUGAUUGGCUGAAGAAGAUACAUUCAACUAAUGAAAUUCAUCCAUACAUUUAGUUAUAGAUAAAUGUUUACAAAUGGCUGCCGCUUGAGACUUGUGAAAAACAAUAUUUCAAUUUGUAGCAAUUAAAGAGUUUAGACGAACGCAAUGGACAAUCAUAAUUAUUUUUUCGGUAAUUUCUUUGAUGAAUUUAAUUGGUAUUAGCUCUUUAGAGUGAUAAUCCUUUUGAGUAACAAGUUAUUGCCAGUGAAAUUCAACUGCACACUUAAUGAAUGGCAAUUAUUUUGUUUUGUUUUGGUUUUCUUACAAAUCCGGCUAACUGCUUUGAUGUUCAUCCAUAGUUUUUAAAAUUAAAAAAAGACUCAAAAAGGAAGAAUAACUUUGCUAUAUGAAACUAAAUCAUUUUCUUAAAGCGUGACAACAUCGAGGCAGCAACACCCGAAUUAAACUACACAAGAAACCUAACGACUCCCUUUAUUGACACUUUUGUGAACGAAAUGGACCCCCAAUUCAGUGAUUUGCAGACUAAUGCAGCCAUGGGCUUGAAGUUUAUACCUGAACAAAUGUGCUCCUCUCCUGUCAGUGCUAGUGACCUUGAAUGGUUCAAUGAUGAUCUCCCUUCCCCUCAGUUCCUUCCUGCCGAGUUGCACUUUACCCCUGUGUGUCUGUCUGUCCGUGUGUCUGUCACACUUGAUGUGUGAACUCAAGUUCUUAUUUGUUUUACAUGCACUUUUAUCAUGCAAAAUGCUGAUUAGAUAGCAGGAAAUCGCAUCAUUUCAAGGUGCCAUUUCAAAAAAAAAAAGGGGACACCCCUCCCGCACCCUCCCCUGUUGAGCACCCCCUGUGAAAAUUUUCUGGAUACGCCUCUGGGACAAGUUGCAUAACUCUGGUUGUCAUUUUUACGGAAUAAUGGCCCUUUUUUGACUUAGUAACUUUGAAUAUAUGGUUAAAUUUUGUAUUUCGAUCCACUUUACUUCUAAAUUAUCAAGGCUAUUGCUUUCAAAGUUCAAAUACUUUCAUGCUAUCAUGAGGUUACUGUACCUGGCAAGUUGAAUUUUACCUUGACCUUUGAAUGACCUUGACUCUCAAGGUCAAAUUAUUAAAUUUUGCUAAAAUUGCCAUAACUUCUUUAUUUAUGAUUAGAUUUGAUUAGAUUUGAUCGAUACUUUGACAAAACUACUGUUACCUGACAUACCACAAUAGACU